AUGAACUUCCUUGUAUCGGUCCUCCUAGUACUCACCAUAUACAUCAAUCACGCGCUCAGCCAAGACUCUCCAAUCUCCGCUAGUAAAGUGACUCUUGACGGUGCUCUUCUCAGCAGCCAAGCAGAUGCUCUCAAGUCCGCCUUCCCCGACGCAACGCCAUUCACCAAGCCGUUUGAAAUCCCAGGCGGAAACCUGAUCCAGCCGCCCUCGUCGCUGGUCGGGGCCAUCAUCACCGGUGUUCCGCCCUCUGUACUGGCACAAUUGAUUCAACCCGCAGGUCGCGAAUCUAUUGCGUCGGAGUUUCGUGCUGGGAAUACUCCAGACUGGUAUGCUGGCUUGCCGGCAGAUGUGAAAGGAUAUGUGACGAAGAUGAAGGCGCAAGUUACACAGGGGGAUGUCGAUUUAAGUGCUACGCCGACAAGUACUGGGGGGUUUGGGAGUGGGGGAGCGAGUGAGACGGAGGGCGACGGUGGUGAUGGUAAUAGUGGGGAUGGGGAUGGUGGUAAGACAGGGGAUGAAACUGGAGCAGAAGGAGGUGCUGCUGCUACUUCGAGCUCAACGGGUGGUGUUCCUCGUCCUACUGGGGAGGUCGUGGGGAGCUUGGUGGGAGUGAUGGGGGUUUUGGGGGCUGUGGCUUUGCUUUGA